CGCAACCCAAAACGGGCGGAAUUCUGCGGCAGCAGCAUGAGCAGAUCCAGCGAUGCCGUGUGGGAUGUCGUCCAAGGAACGUACGAUGCAUCCAAGCUGGAUUCGCUUCUGCGAGGAUUGUCGAUUGCUGGAUGGGAAAUGGACGGAUGGACGCCGCUACACUAUGCAUGUGCGAACAGAGACGUCGCGAGCCUGUGCCCGCUCCUGAACGCAGGAUCCGAAGUCAAUGCCGUCGACGAGCUCGGAUACACACCCCUCCACUUGCUGUGCAAAAACGUGUCAGGUAAGUUCACAGGAAUCUCAGAACUCGUGAGCAAUGGGGCGUCCGUGAACAUCGUGUCCACGGUAUGUUGUCGCUGCUUCCAUCGAGUUGAUGCGGUGUGCAUAGGACGACAAGCGCGUGACUCCUCUGCAGUUGCUGUGCAUGAACGAAAGUAUCACACUCGAUGCCUUGUCUGCGCUCGUGAAAGCCAACGCUGAUGUCCGUGCCGUCGAUGCCGAUGGCAAUACCGCGCUGCAUUCGUUGUGCGCCAAUCCCUCUGUCAGCGACGCCCUCUUGGCCAUCUAUCUCGACCGCCCUGCCCCACUGAAUGCCCAGAACCAGUUCAAGGCAACUCCGUUGCAUUACCUCUGCCAAAACGCGCGUGUGUCUCCGACGAUGCUCAAGCAGCUCUUGGACGCUCGCGCCGACCCGAAUCUCCCCGACAACACGGGGAAUACGCCGCUGCAUGCGUUGUGCGACAACGCUGCCGUCACGGUGGCGCUUCUCCAAGUGAUGCUAGCUCACCCAUCGAUCGACUUGUUGGCGACGAAUGCGAGUGGACGGCGAGCUGCUGCAUCGCUCGACACCGACGAAUGCAAACUCUACGUCGAGCAAUUCUCGUCGGUCGACUCGUCCCUCCUGCCAUCGACAUCAUCAACUGUUCCUGGUGGGGAGGACGUGGCGGACUUGCCAGAGCCCUUGCGCUCCAUCAUGGCGGAGUGGAACCACAGUCUGCCGCCGUUUGAUGAGGCGUUUUACACGGCUGUGUCGUGCGAACCUGCGUUUGAACGAUUGUACUCUCAAGUUCAGAAUGCAUCCGUCCUCGUGGCAGAACACCCUUCGGACAAGACUCUUCUGGCGCAAUGGAGCGCAAGCAUGAGCGAGUGGCGACAGACGAUUGUGCGAGCGUUCCUCACCCUCGUCAACCCGCGCUUGUGGGAGUCGUACAUGAAGACGUUCGAUCGCCGAGUCCCAGACGACGUCGUCAAGAUGCAGGCAAAGGUGGAGGCGAUUUGGACCAAGUUUCCUCAAUUGUCCCAGCGAAGGGAGCGCCUGGGCGCCGUGCAGGAACUGUACUAGCGCAACUAAGCGCCCAUCUCUCCCCAGUUUCCAUGCCGGAUGAGGAGAGAGUAUGUAAUGUUGCAGGUCUUGGAGAUCCAUGGGACUUUGACGUAUUUGUUUUGACAGGAGAUGCUACUGUAUUUUUAAUAAGUUCAAGUCGCACGAAAUACAAAUUUCAAGUAAAAAAUGUGGAA